AUGGACCCUUCAGACCACGGGACCGUCGCAGCAGCCGCGUCGUCUUGCUCGCCGUUCUCGUGUUUGCUGGCUGCCCCCUGCGAGGACCUGGGCGAGCCCACAACGGACAGUCCACACCGUUCUGCUUCCAACUCCGCAUGCCUUUCUGGUGACCUGAACUUGCGGGCGCCUCCGAGCUUUCUUCCCUCCUCACGCCCUUCGUCGUGCGUUGUCUCCCCGCCUGCUGUGGUUUCGCCCGCGUCUCCUUUCGUUCUGUCCUUGUCACUGUUGCCUGCGGCAGACGGGGAGAGAGCCCAGAGUAGCGGCGGCGCGCUCGCUGAGGAGGAGGCGCGGCGGCGGAGAGACUCGGGGUCCCGCUGCACACUGAGGGACGCAUCGGCUGGCUCGACGCCCCGGUCGCGGCUUUGGCAAGGGGACCGAGAAGAGACAUCCGCUCGCGAAGCGAUGACGAAGCUCGACGUAGACGCAGGGGCUGUGUGCGGAAACGCGGAGGGGCAUCCUGAAGGUUUCUCUCUCAGAGAGCCGGACGAGAAGGAGAGAAAACGGGGAGAAUCGAGUGUGUCUUCCACUGAAGAGGAAGACGCUUGCAUGCUGCGCUUGUCUGAUACCGCAUCGAGAGACAGACACAUUGAAGGCGAAGGUGGAGGCGCAUCGGGCGCGUCUGCUCUGGUAAGAACAGAAGGCCAAGGGCGACACGCGCCUACCGUUCAGAACACGUGGGCAAUCAACUCGAGUUCCAGAGCCGCAUCUGGUUCUCUAGAUGCAGCCGAGGAGGACGUCGCGGUGUGUGAUCCGGACGACGGCAGCGGCGAGCCGCUUGGAACACCGCCGCAUGCAGCGAAUGCAGACAAUGGAGAGCCCCGGCCGGUUUCGUCCGAGUGCCUCCCUGAGGAAUCCGAGGAGGGAGGUGAACGACCCUCGUUCGCACCUUCGACUUGUAUCUUCAUGUCUUCUGCCUCGUCUGGCGCGUUGGCGGCUCGCGCGCCAGAGUUUCGUUCGAGUCUGUGCCCUCUGGAAGGCGAGAGGCGGGGAACCGCGGAGCAAACCGUGUGUGAAGGAGAGACGGAAGAGACACGCGACGUCGGAGCCGACGAGCGAGAGGAUGACGAGGGGAAGGGAAGACGCCCAGCGAGCGCGCGGGGAGGGCUCAACUCGUGUGGCGCUGCGAGUGGACCCGUGUGGUCGUCACUGGCGGAGGAUCGCGAGUCGGAUGCGACGAAUCUGAGGGAAGCGCCCAGGGACGCGCUCGCCAUCGAACCGAAGAGAGUGACCGGGGCGUCAUCCCGCGUUCAGGAGGAGGCCAGAGUCGAGACGAACUCCCCAGCACGAACUGUCUCUCUCUCGCCCAGAUCGUGUGGCGUCGGCAAUGACACACUGCCGACUCCCCGCACACCGACACAGCUAGCCGACAGCGCGCCGCAGAGAGAAGAGCGGGAGAAGGAAGUUUCGGACGCAGGAAGACGUUCCGCAGGAGCACAGCGAGCGGAGUCCCACAGCGGUCUGGGAGAGAGGACUUCUGCCGAAGGAGAGGAGACGGGCGCGCGGGACGAGCGGCCGGCAGCGCACGAGCGAUUGCAUACACAUGACCACGUGCAAAGAGACGCGCAGUGCCAAGUGGGACAGAACACAGAUUGUGUGUGCAACUCCAACAACGGCAAAGCUCGAGACGAGAGCGAGAAGAGGAAGGCAGCGGCUGCCGAAGAAGAGAGGGGAUCGCGCGGAGAGGAGGAGGGUAGGGAAACCGCCGAACAGGAAGAAGUGCAGACUGAGGAAACGCAGAGAGCGCCACAUGCGAUCCGCAGCGAUAAGGGCGAGUCAACGCGGAAGGUGGCUCAAGAGGCGGUGACUGCGUCGAGGGAAGCGAAGCAGAGAGAGCAGCUUUCGUCUCCGUCGCGCUCUGCCGCGUCGUCUCAGAGGCGUCUGCGCCGCCUCGAAGAUGGCGACGACACAGAGAACGAAGAGGAUUGCCGUUGCAUUGUCUCUUCGAAGUCGUCGAACGGCCAGCCCGACCGAGACUUUGGACGGACGAAAAAAACGCUGGAAAAUGACAGAAUCACAUUUGACACAACCAAACGCGACUCAGUGCAGAGGGAGACCACUGUGACCGCUGAAGUCCAUCCACGACGAGGGAUAGGCUCGAGGGAGUUGUGUGACGAUCCGGAGAAAUCGAAGGGCGAGAGCAAGGAGGCCGAAAACGCCCCCGGAUUCCAUGCGAAGAAGACCGUCCCUCUUGACAGCGGGGCUUUCCGUGAGCCCCGGCUCGCUCUCAGCAGCACCGCAGGUGGCAAAGGUCACGCCAGAAGGGGGGCGGAGAGCUCCGCCGAGGGAGGCGGGGAGGCAGAGGAGCUCCUGCAGGCGGUGGGAGCAGAAGACGCUGAGGGGUGGCAAGCGCGAACAGUGGACGAGAAAACGGAGAUAAGGAGCAGUCAGGCUGAAGAAAGAGCCACUUCAGAGGCUGAUGCGGGCGAGAGUCGGCGGAAGACUCCAACGCCGGAGGCGACACGGGAGAGUGGAGGGGAUCAGACCAGGUGUACAGAAGAGCAUAGAGCCGCGAAGGAAGAAAGAGGCGUUUCAGACGACACUUCAACGAAGCAGAAGAGUAUGCCCCCCAACGACAUGGCCAACAAGACGGAUCUUCUCAAGGAGGAAAUCGCAGGUGUCUCUGCGGGAACUGUUUACUCUGUGGCAGCUCUUCUAGGAUUCCGAGGCGACUUUGCGCGAGUCCUUUUUCCUCCUCCAAAGCCCUCGAAGUGCUCCGAGCAAGCGGGUGGCGGCGUGUCUUUGUCCCUCUCCUUGGGGGCAGCUUCAUUAUCGAGCUCGGCGCCGCAGAAACAUAAAGACACUCCAUCAGGCAAAACGCACUUGCACCUGUCCCCUGUUCCUUCGUUCGAAGCGAACACGGUCGCUCCUUCGUCACCCUCGUCUGUCUCCUCUGCCUCGGCGCCGCGAACCCCAAAUUCCGGGGACGCAGAGAGCGUGCGAGGCUCUUCCGGCUCGACAGAGCGUACGAAGGCGUCUCCGGGUUACCUCCGUCCCUCGCCGUCUCCUCGCGACGCGGACAGCUCCGGAUUUCCGAAAUUUAUGAUGGUCUCUCGAGUCUCGCAGCGCCUCCCGUUGGCUGGCGAUCACACGCAUCCUCACUCAGGCCCCAACCGUCAAGACGGCCCUUCUCGCUUGGUGGACGGGCGAGACGGGGGCGUGUUCUAUUCCACCUACGCCCGCGUCGCCGCGGACGGCGAGGCGCCCCGAAUGAUGGAGGCCGCCGGCGACCACCAGCGCGUCUGUCCUCUUGCGAAUUCCCCCAUGCUUGGCGCCCAGAACGGCCGGCGGACGAACCCUGCCCUCUUUCGCGGCGGAGCAGAAGGCGCAGGCCGUGGACAUCACCCAGCGUACGGCUAUCGCCAGAGCUCCCACGCCGUCGGGUCGCCUUCCCUUCGCUCUUCCUCCUCCGCGAUGCCGUCGCUGUCUCCGCUCCCGUCCGGUGGAGUCUCACGCGCCACGGCCUCGGGGGGCGAGUUCGCGGGCCUGCGGGCGCCGGUAACCCACAGCGCCAAGCAGCCUCGUGGUAGCGCCGGCGACCGUUGCGGUUCGCGGUCGGGACCACCUCCGUCUUCUUUGCUCCCCCGGGCGUCGCAGAGAGGGCCGCUGUCUCAGCCGCCGACAGAGGACGCCGCGGGGCGAGAGCUGAGGAGGCGGCGCGGCAGCAGCGGCUCUGAGUCUGGAGAGAGAGCUGCAUGCACUGCCACCAGCGAGCCCAGCCAAAGUCGCAAGGCAUCACCUUCCCGAGUCGCCCCGCCCGCCUGCGGGAGUGUCCUCGCACAGCGGACUAGUCUCGUUGAGGCGCGCGGGCAUCUCAUGGGCCCUGCGGGCUCGUCGCGCAGGAGUAGCACGCCGAACGCCGACGAGAGCUCCACCGGGGAGCUGGCAUCGGCCCUCUCUGGCGGUAGCCGCGCGUCGAGGCUCCACACACGGAUCCACGAAGACCGAGGAGAUCGAGAGGAAACGCUCUCAGUGCCUGUUCACCUCGGCGCCUCUGAGAAGAACUCGCCAGCCCGUCGCGCGAGCAGCGGCGGCGGGUUGCCCCUGCCGGAGACCCGAGAGGCCAGCGGUGGGCCACUCGGCGGAGGUGGAGCCCAAGACGCCCGAAGGCCGAGCAUUCUGGGAGCCGUUCCGCGGACGCCGUCCACGCCGCCAGAGGGGCGAGACACCGGGAGACGGCAUAGCUCUUCCGCGCGAGCGAGCGACGAUUCGUGCGUGGAAUCCACGUGGUCAACUGCAUCCCUGCUGUCUCUAUGCGUCGCUCCGCAGAGGAAGGCUGGAGGCGACUCGCGCGCCGCGGGCGCUGAGCAGGGCAAGGAGAUCGGGCUAGGCAGUCGGGCGAAGAGGGCCUCGGUCGUCGACGCGGAUGCAGCAGAACCCGGCGACAAGAGAGCCGAGGCUCUACACACGAAUAAUCAGGUCGAGGUGAGGCGCGAAGACGGCCAGGAGGGAGAACACGUCUCAGGCGCCGCAAAGGGACGGAGAGGCGAUCGGCGGAACCGGGAAGGGAAGGAGAAAACGCGGAUUGACAACUCGCAAAGCGCCGGAAAGGAGUGCGGGGGGAUGACUGCUGCGUCGCUCUGUGCGGCGUCUCAGUCUUCACGCUCCAAGCGGAAGACGGGAGCCAAAGGAGAAGAGGAGACGAAAAGGGCAGGCGAAAAAACCGGGGCGAACGCGGAGCCAGCAACGCAGAAAUGCGAGCGCGAUGCGCAAGGCGCUGCCGGCGCACGCCGGGAUGGGGGGCGAGGGGGGAGGGAGCGGCUCGCGCAGGGCGAGGCGAAAGGGGCGGAGGAUGGAGAGCGAGGACACGAGAGAAGAACUGCAGAAGAAGAUCCUUGCGGGGGCAGGAAGGGAAAAGACAGGGAGAGAGACCGCGACGGAGCGAAAGGGAUCCCGUCGCUCUUGCCUUCCUCUGCGGGCGACGGCAGCGGGGAGGGCUACGUCUGCAAAGCGGCGAAGGAAAACGGAGUCGCAGCACCUUCUUCGUCGCGUUCGGCGAGAAAGAAGGGGUCUGCAUCCCGAGAGAAGAAGAAGAGCCCUGGACAUCUCAGUGCGACUGCCGCGUCCCCUGCAGCCCUCGCUACACGCUCGCCGAACGCUGGCAGCGAAGAGAGACAGAACAACAACGGCGCUCGAACGGGUGGAGAGGGGAAGCGAGAGGGAAGGAAGAAGUCGUGUUGGACUGCCGCAGCGGUGUCUCCAGCGAGCAGCGCUCUCGCCUCGACCACCUCUGCUUCGCCGUUUCCGCUUUCUCCGCGUGCAAGCAGGCCAACUGGCGCUGCAGGCUCCCCAGAAGACGCGAGGUCGUCUUUCGCUUCGCCUUCACUGUCAAGCGGAGGAGCCGCGUGCGAUAAAAAGCAGACUCAGUUUGGCGCUGUUGCCCCCUCUGCGGCUGAGCUUUCGGGGGCCGCGGGUGUGACCGGCACCGUGUCGUCUCGCACCAAACCUGUCGCAGCAGCCAGAUGGACCCCUUUCGCGAAAGCAGGCGAGUAUCGAAACGCGCCUCUCUCUUUUCCGGGUGACGGCGGCGGUGUGGCGGGUGCUCACCCGCGGAAGACUGCGGCUCAGGCUAGCAGUGCGAACCCUGUGAAGCCUCAGCCCGGCAACCUCCUGGGCUCUGUGUCCGGAGCGCGCGCAGCGCCACGCGCGAGGCGGAACUCGCUUGCGCCGCUCUCGUCCUUCGCAGAUCUCCUCCCACAGGAGCCGGCGCCGCAUGCGCGAGGCGGGCGGCGGGGGGGCGGCGGAGAGCGCGAGAUCUGGGACGCGCCGGAGGCCGGCCUGAAAGAAGCAAAGAGCGGCGACACGCGCGACGGCUUGGCGGCCUUCUUCACGCUGGGAGACAUUCGCCAGGCAGAGCGCGCCAUCGAGGGCGGCGAGAUGUCUCUGCAGCAGUUCGUCGCCUACAAGAAGGAGAAGUGUCGCCGAGAAGGAGAAGAGCGCAAGCGGCAGGACUCGCUCGAGGGCGGCGAAGGCGGGGACGGAGAGUCCGCGGCGAGCCGCGACGAGGAAAAGGAGGACGAGCAGCGGAAACGGACGGCAAAUCGGGAACAGCAGCGACACAGAGAUACCGAAAGGCGCUGCAAAUCCGGAGAGCAGGAGACGAGAAACGGGAGGCCCGGAGCGGCGGGAGAGCAGCACGAAGAGAGCCACAUGCAUGCAAGAGCAAACAUUGCGGUUGGUCUGGGUGGAGUGGCGCUGCAGCAAGACGUAGAAGAAGAGUUCUCCGUGUUCGAAUAUGAAGAUCCUGCGGCUGUCACGUCGGAAUCCUUCUUCACCUCUUCGUCGUGCUUCGCGUCCUCGAGCUACCCCUCGUCCGCCUCGCUCUCGGAGUUGCUGGCGCCGUCUCAUCGAGGAGAGUCUGGCGCGGAGAAGGGCAAGCCGUCACCAGGGAAGUCUUUCUCCUUGCUGAACGUCGCCGAGGGGCGUCUCGUGUCGGGCGCGCUGGGCUGGAGCGCCGCAGAGACGGGCUUCGUGCCCCCGGCGCGCGAGGGGAGUGGAAGCCCUGGGGCCACGCAUGCGAGGCAAGGCGGAAUCUUCGCGGAGGACAACGGGAAAAGGGCACGGACAGGACCCGUUAGCGCCUCGUGUUCAAAUGGACGCGCGCGCCGAGCCAAUGGAGCACCGACCCAACCGCCGACUCACCAUGCCGUUGGUCAGACCGUCAUUCCGCCCGCGGGCUCUUCCCACGCCACAGGCGUCGCAGAGGACUGUGGCGCUGGACGCUCGCUGCUCUCGCACAAGCAACCGCUAGACGAAGAGACGGGGCGCGCGGCAGGUCGUCGCCUCCUCGCGCUUCUGGGAGUCACCCUGGGGUCGCCUCCCGCGCCGCAACAGCCUCCGCCGGUCGGCGUUUCGCGUGCGGCUGGCGGCCCCCGCGCGCGUCCGUACGCAGUGCAGCAGCCUCCCCCACGCCGUGCACCCUCUGCUUCCAUUGCCAGUCCCCCCUCCGCUGCGUCCGCAUUCUCGCAUAUUGGUCGGCGGCGGGAGGGCGCGCACUGCGGCGGCGCCUCUCCAACGACCGCCCAUACGCCUCAUGGGGGGGGAAGCGCGGCCUCCUCCGUCCCUGCUGCCGCCGCUUCGCCCCUGCGAUCGACAGGCUCGCUGUCCUCUGCCGCGGCGCUCUCGUCGUUUCGAAGCCUUCUCGCAGCGCUCGAGGCCCAAACGAACGCUAAGAAAGUUCUCGGUGGAGCGCUAGGCGAAGAGAAGGAAGGAGCGGCUGCAGACCGAGCCAAGGCGGAGCAAGAGCUGCUGGCGCGUCUCGAGAGAGCGGCGAGCUCUCUCACGCCGAGGCACGGUGCCCCUGUGCAGGCAUCGUCGCCCGCCGCAGCUUUCUCAGGCGGUCGCCAGGGCACACCCCCUGGGUUUGCCUCCUCCUUUCGUCCGUCGGCCUACGGGGGUGUUGUACCGUCGCCGGCGCCCGAGGCGCCGCGCGUGCGUCCUGCGUUCGCUGCGUCGUGCUCUUCGCCCGCAGACGGCAGCGGGGCACCCGGGGGGAGUUCCUUCACUCCGAGCCACAGCCAGCUACCGCACUUCUCGGCGGAUUCCUUCUCGCCAUCGGGGCUUCCCCACGCGUCUUCCGCCUCCAUCAGCCGCCUGCCUGCUUCGCCUCUGUCGCACGCGCAGUCGUCUGCGUCUGUGCCACUGUCCGCCGCCUCCGCAUUCGGAUCUUCUUCCUUCGCGACAAGGGGGCUGGUCUGCGGAGACCAAGGCGCCGCUGCCGCGUUCUCGCGCUUCAUGGCCGCUUCCUCGCCGGCGCAGCGCGCCGAAAUCGAAGGCGCGCUAAAGCAAGAACUCCGCGAACGUUUUGCGUCGGCUUUGCGGCGAGGGCGAGAGGCGGAGCGGGAGAGAUUGCGGGAGGCCGAAGGGUAUGGCAGGGGGGCGGAGGCAGGCCAGCCGGGCGCAGAGAGUCAGGCAUUUUCUCCGUUUCGAAAGCGAGAGUCGGGUUCCCCACAGCUCGCAGCUGCCCUCGCACUCCUUGCGUCAUCGGCAGCCAACGACAGAACAGGCGAGCGAGGAGAGAGAAACGCAGAGGGGCGGGAACAAGGCAGACGAGGCCCGGAACGCGCGCAGACGCCGGGAGGCGACGCAGCACCCCAGGCUGCUCUCCUCACAGCUCUGCGCGCAGUAAUUCAGGGCAACCUGCAGCAGCCUGGCGCGUGA